UCAUAAAUUGCAACGUACAGUACACUAUACUACACGCCAUCGGUCGUCGUGCUAGUGUCUGUAUAUUGCAACCACCGUGCUUUGACUUUUCAGAAGUUUGAGAAGUGUUUUAGUUGUUGAAUAUACAUUAUUUGUUCACAGUUCUCAGGAAGACAAGACACGCGUUCUGAUGCAGUCAUAAUGUUUGACGACUAUGAUGACUAUGUUGAUGACGACGAUGAGUUUCUGUAUGAAGCUGGGUCAGAUGAUGACGAGUAUUUCAUGAAUCGAGAUGGAGAUCUCAUCUUCCCGGGAGACUGCUACGAUGCAGGAUUGGAACGCUUUCACAUAUUGGUGGUGCCAUCGGCGUCUGGGGAUCCCCUGAAAAGUGAAAGCUCUAAAAGAGAUGAAGCUAAGAAAGAGCUUCUUGCCAAAAAUAAGGGCCUUGUGGCUGAUAAACUGUCAAGAUUUAUGAACGAUCCAAAAUACAGCGAUGUAACACUGCAAGUUGGCCCUCACCAUUUCCAUGCUCACAAGAUCGUCUUGUGCUCCUGGAGCGAGGUGUUCCUCAAGAUGUUCACCGACCCCUCUUGGACCAGCCCUCACCGAGGAGAAUCCAACGGCCCUGGUCCGGAGUUUCAGGUGCUGGUGGAGCCUGACGAUUGUGUGGACGUCUUCUCAGUCUUUCUCAAGUUCAUGUACUCAGAGACAGUGGUGCUGAACUUGGAGAGCGUUUUCCCCGUCCUGACACUGGCCGACAAGUACAUGGUCCAGGAGCUGCGCGACGCAUGCGAGGAUUUCCUGCUGGAAAGGGUGGCCAACAUCAGUGGUGAGGAGGCAGUCAAGGCCUACAAAGACGCCGAGAGACUUAGUCUUGCAAGGGUACAGGAGCAGUGCCUCAGGAUUCUGGAGGCCAACAUCAGUUACCUCAGGGAGAGUUGCGUGCAGAGCAUGCCUGCGGAACUGUUGCUGAGGCUGGUGGCCAGCCCCGACCUCGUUGUGGAGGAUGAAAAAGAUGUGUACAACAUGGCGUUGCAGUGGAUGAAUGCAGAGGGGCAGCAGGUGACGCGGAAAGAGCAUGCUGAGGAGAUCUUCAGCCUCAUCCGCUUCCCACACAUGCCCUCCGCCAAGCUGAAGGAUCUCAUGGACACGCCGCUGCCUUCUUUCUUGCAGGCCGACUUCCAGGCCAAGGUGGCCGGCCUGGUGGCCAAAGCCUUUGAGUGGCGAGCCCUGGCAGCAGAAGAAGCCUACACUGUCAUGGAGGAGGACUUCAUCCAGCCUCGCUUGUACAGGAACCAAGCGUUCUCCUUGCAUUGGUCCAGUAGCUUCGUAAGUAAGGUCACGGCCACGCCAGACACCUUCCGCAAGCUGAUCCUGUCUGAGGAACACCAAGAUGAUUACUACCACAAUAAGCUUAACUUCCGGGUAGCCAGCCAGGCAGAGAAGAACGUCUACAAGUACGGCAAAGGCGCCUGGGAGGUCAGUGCGGUCCCCACCAAGGAUGCUGACUCGGACCUGUGGGGGGUCAGCUACGUCAUCCAGACGGGUCAGCACAUUGGCAACCAGUAUCGCGUGGCGCUGGUAACCCGCCUGACCGAGGAGGAAGACAUGGAGGUCAGCCCUGUCAUCACAGUGCAUCACGGGACCGUCGAGGGGAAAUUCAUUCUCAAGGUCCCCCCGCCUCUCCUAAAUCAGACGGAGAAGCCAACCAAAGUGUGGUCCGUGAUUGUGGCCUUGGUAGAGGCCAAGAGUGAACCAUCCCUACCGAUAAAUGCUUGGGUGAAAGAAUUGAAAGAAUAAGUAUGAGCUGGCUUUGAUGCCAAAUCUUCCCAGAUCUUUGCCUGUCUUUUUAGUUUUUGGCCGGAUCACCGAUAACAGGACAUUUACUCAUAUCCUGGUAUUUUCCAAAAUAAUAAAUACCACUCAACAGUGUUACUCUGUCAUUCAGUGCAUAAUUUCUCUGCUUUGAAUCAAAAAUGUGUUACUAAGGACAGAUGCGGAAUCAAAUUCUUGUUUUGAGGGGCCAACUUGUUUUAGGGAAGGGGUCCCAAAAAUUUGGAAUUUUUCCAUGUAAUUUUUUUGCCAUUUCUGAGGGGCUUUUUCCAUAGGUUUCUUUCUUUUUUUUUUAGGAGGAAAAUGAAAUAGACCAAAAGAAAUAGCCUUUUGUCAUCUAAAAGCAAAAAAAUGAUUUUAGGGGGAAGCAUGGAUCCUAUAUAUUGCCCCCCCCCCGAUCUGCCCUUGUGUGUCAGUUUCUUUAAGCUUGGUUGGAAAUCAAAUAUAUAUUUUCUGUUGCCAUGAGGUUAUCAUUCCCGGUACUCCUGUAUUGUAGUCAGUUUAUUUACAAAUUGCUAGACAUAUUUGUUUGAGAUAAUUUUUUCAAUGAUGCAGAGCAAAGGCAUACACACAAUCUUGGGCUGCUUAAAUGCAUACAAAAGACAUUGAAAUUGACAACCAUGGCAUCAGUAUCUAGACAAAUUAGCCAUAUUUUCAGAAUUUUAUUUGAAACUCUGAGAAUAAAGUAAUGGAAAAUGUCUACUUAGCAUACUAAAGAUGCACUCAGAAGUGUUGUAAAUGUGAAGCAGAGUCAUGUUUUCCCUUUCAACGGAUCGAAAUCAUUUGUUCGUGUUCAAGUCUUCCAACGCUUGUGAGUCUUUGUUCUCGGUCUUGGACUUACUUAAAGUCAAACAUUAGCCAAUUCAGUUGAUCAUUAAGGUGAAUGAUGUGUGUUUGUAAUGUAGAAGAAAUCAGAGUUGCUCAUACUGUAUGUUUUUCACCCACCACUUCAUGCACUUUUUCCAUUGUAUUUCUGCAGUACUGAAGUGUUAAGCUUACCAAACUUGUUUUAAAAAAUCUGUUCUUGUUUUGAAAGUCAAAACAAAUGCAAUCUUGAGGAAAUAAAUUUGCGUUUAAAAACUGAA